AUGAAAUGUGCUGAGCUACUGGUACAAUUUUUGGAGCUUAGGGCUGGUUCCAAUUUCACAAAUGGGUGUAAAUUCAUCAGGCAUCUGGCUGAAUCACCAGAAUGCCGAUAUUGUGGUGCUGAAGUUGAAGAUGAAAUUCAUGUAAUUGAAUCAUGCAAUGCUUAUGGAGAAAGUAGAGUUAAGAUUGUCAAGUAUUUAGAAGAACUGUUAAUGAAAGAUUUCUCUCAGAUGACUCUGAGUGAGAUAUCUUGUGUAGUUGGAAAUUUGAGAUUGAUUGAUUGAUUGAUUACGAUUAAAGAGGGUUAA